CACCGCUCCCACUUCCCCUUCCAAUCUCCGGACACUCCCUCCGCGUCAGCCGCCCACCAUGGACCACCCCCGCCCCCUCCACAGCAGCAGCGCCGCCAACGUCGCCGCGGCCGGCAAAACCAUCGAGGAAAUGUACCAAAAGAAGACCCAGCUGGAGCACAUCCUCCUCCGCCCCGACACCUACGUGGGCUCCGUCGAGAAGCACACCCAGACGCUGUGGGUCUACGAGAACGACGAGAUGGUGCACCGCCCCGUCUCCUACGUCCCCGGCCUCUACAAGAUCUUCGACGAGAUCCUCGUCAACGCCGCCGACAACAAGCAGCGCGACCCCUCCAUGGACGCGCUCAAGGUCCUCGUCGACGCCGAGCAGAACACCAUCACCGUCUUCAACAACGGCGACGGCGUCCCCGUCGAGAUCCACCAGGAGGAGAAGGUCUACGUCCCCGAACUCAUCUUCGGACACCUCCUCACCAGUAGCAACUACGACGACAACGUCAAGAAGACCACCGGCGGACGCAACGGUUACGGCGCCAAGCUCACAAACAUCUUCUCAACGGAGUUUGUCAUCGAAACCGCUGAUGGCAAGCGCCAGAAGAAGUACAAACAGGUGUUCUCCAACAACAUGGGGAAGAAGUCUGAGCCGGUGAUAACGAAAUGCAAAUCGGGUGAAAACUGGACCAAGGUGACCUUCAAGCCUGACUUGGAAAAGUUCAAGAUGGCUUAUCUUGAGGAAGACGUAGUUGCUUUGAUGAAAAAGCGUGUGGUGGACAUGGCCGGGUGCCUCGGAAAGACUGUUAAGGUUGAACUCAACGGACGUGUUAUCAAAAUGAAAUCGUUUCGUGAUUAUGCUGAUCUUUACCUCAAAUCAGCCGAGAAAUCCAGACCUGUACCACUUCCAAGGAUUCAUGCAAAAGUAGGUGAUAGGUGGGAGAUUUGCGCGAGUCUAAGUGAUGGGCAGUUUCAACAGGUCAGCUUUGUUAAUUCCAUUGCUACAAUCAAGGGUGGCACUCAUGUUGAUUACGUCACCAAUCAAAUUACUAGCUUUGUGAUGAACAAAGUAAAUAAGAAGAAAAAGGAUGCCAAUGUCAAAGCUCACAAUGUGAAGAAUCAUUUGUGGGUUUUCGUCAAUGCACUUAUUGACAACCCUGCGUUUGAUUCUCAAACUAAGGAAACUCUCACGACCAGACAGGCUAGUUUUGGUUCUAAAUGCGAUAUUCCUGAGUCGAUGCUUAAGGAAGUUGCAAAUUCUGGUAUAGUGGACACCCUCCUAUCGUGGGCAGAUUUUAAGCAAAGCAAAGAUCUGAAAAAAUCUGAUGGGACAAAGACUCAGAGGCUUCGUGGGAUUGUUAAGCUAGAAGAUGCUAAUGAUGCAGGUGGAAGGAACUCAGAGAAGUGUACCUUGAUAUUAACAGAGGGAGAUUCUGCUAAGGCCCUUGCUAUGGCUGGUCUUUCUGUUGUGGGUCGAGACCAUUAUGGUGUGUUUCCGUUGAGGGGAAAAUUGCUCAAUGUACGGGAAGCCAGCAGUAAACAAAUAAUGGAUAACGAAGAAAUUCAAAAUAUAAAGAAGAUUCUUGGACUGCAGCAAAACAAAGAGUACACAAACGUAAAGUCUUUGAGAUAUGGUCAUUUGAUGAUUAUGGCUGAUCAGGAUCACGAUGGUUCCCACAUCAAAGGUCUACUGAUAAACUUCAUUCAUUCAUUCUGGCCGUCACUGCUAAAAGUUCCAUCUUUCAUGGUUGAAUUUACCACUCCCAUAAUAAGGGCUUUUCAUUCAAACGGGACAAAAUUGUCCUUUUAUUCCAUGCCCGAGUAUGAAUCAUGGAGAGAAAACUUGGGGAAUAAUGCAAAUGGUUGGAAGAUAAAGUAUUAUAAGGGUUUGGGUACAAGUACUCCUCAGGAAGGGAGAGAGUACUUUCGAGAUCUUGAUAAGCAUAAGAAAGACUUCGUUUGGGAUGAUGAGCAAGAUGGAAAUGCAAUUGAGAUGGCAUUCAGUAAGAAAAAAACUGAAGAUAGGAAGAUCUGGAUUCGUAAUUUUGAGCCUGGCAAUCAUCGUGAUCAUAUGGACAGAUAUAUAAACUACAGGGAUUUUGUCAACAAAGAGCUUAUAUUGUUCUCCAGGGCGGAUCUUCAAAGGUCCAUUCCCUCGAUGGUUGAUGGCCUCAAGCCUGGUCAAAGGAAGAUUCUUUUCUGCUCAUUUAAGAAGAAGUUGUUCAAAGAAAUAAAAGUAGGCCAGUUUAUUGGUUAUGUGUCUGAGCACUCUGCUUACCACCAUGGUGAGCAAAGUCUAGCCAGCACAAUUAUUAACAUGGCACAGGAUUUUGUGGGUAGCAACAAUAUCAAUCUCCUUAAACCAAAUGGUCAAUUUGGUACUCGUAAUCUGGGAGGAAAGGAUCAUGCUAGUGCUAGAUACAUCUACACUGAACUAAACACUUUUACUCGGUGCAUCUUCCAUGAAGAUGAUGACAAGCUACUUGAAUACUUGAAUGAGGAUGGGAAGUCGAUUGAGCCCAACUGGUACAUACCAAUUAUACCGUUGGUUCUUGUCAAUGGUAGUGAGGGAAUUGGGACUGGCUGGAGUUCUUACAUUCCAAAUUAUAAUCCAAGGGACAUUAUUGCCAAUGUUAGGCGUUUGUUGAGUGGGGAGACAAUGGUUCCAAUGCAUCCAUGGUACAAAGGAUUCAAAGGAAUCAUUGAGAGAAGCCCCAAAGAAGGUGGAUACGUAGUUAAUGGUUUAGUGGAGGAAAUGGAUGAACAAACUUUCAGAAUCACCGAGUUGCCAAUCCGUAAAUGGACCCAAGAUUACAAGCAGUUUCUUGAGUCUAUAACUGAUGGGUCACCUAAUGUCAAGGAUCCUUUAAUUGAGGAUUUCAGGCAGAACGGUGACGAUGCAAUUGUAGACAUAGAAGUUAGGAUGAAGGCGGACAAAAUAGCGGGGAUAAUGCAAGAGGGUUUGCUUAAGAAAUUUAAGUUGACCAGCACUUUAAGCACAAGCAACAUGCAUCUAUUUGACGCAGAAGGGAAAAUUAAGAAAUAUGAGAAUCCGGAGCAAAUCCUUGAAGAGUUUUUCCCACUUCGGCUGGAGUAUUAUGAAAGAAGAAAGAAACAUAUACUGGAAAACCUUGAACGACUAUUGCUGGUUUUGGACAACAAAGUUAGGUUUAUAUUAGGAGUUGUGAAUGGGGAAAUUAUUGUGAGCAACAGGAAAAAAGCUGAAUUGUUGAUUGAGCUGCAGCAGAAAGGCUUCACUCCCAUGCCAAGGAAAGGUAAAUCUGCAGAACCCCAAGUUGCUGGGGCAGAUGAUGAACAGGAUGAUGACAACAACACUAGAGAGCAGGAAACUAGCAGUGUUGAGGGGGCAAAACGAGGUGACUAUGAAUAUCUGUUAUCCAUGUCUAUUGGAACUUUGACCCUCGAAAGUGUUCAGAAGCUGCUAGCAGAGAAGGAUGAAAAGGAAAAGGAGUUUGAGAUUUUGAAGGCAACACCGUCGAAGUCUAUGUGGUUGAAGGAUCUAGAUGAGCUUGAGAAGAAACUUGAUGAAUCAGCUAGCAAGGAGGCUGAGGAGGAACGGAAAAGAUCCAGUCAAGCGAAUAGAAAGACCUCCUACCGUGGAGAAACAAAAGCUGCAGCUAAGAAGCCACCACAACCGCGAAAGUAUACUAAGAAGGCCAAAAAUGUUGUUGAGCCAGAGAAUGAUAAUUCUCCAAUGGAAGUCGAGAAUGUUGCUGAAGUCCCUAAACCAAAAGGCAGAGCAGGUUCUAAGAAUUCUCUGAGUUCUACUCAGACGACGGUUGCUGAUGAUGAAAUUCUGUCUCUUCAAGAGCGCCUAGCUGCAUAUAACUUCGGAGCAUCUAGUGAUAUAUCGGCAGGCAUGGAAACUGAAGAGCCUCCAGCACCUGCUGGGAAGAAGGAGGCACCUAAAAGAAGGGGUCCUGCAAAAAAGAAGUCAAGUGCUAUAGUGUUGGAUGACUCAGAUAGUGAUGAUGCAGCCAAGAACGACAGCGAGGACGAUGACUUUGAAAUCAUACAGCCGGUUGCCGCAGCAGGGAAAAAGAAAGGAGGGAGAAAGCCUGCCGCUGCAAAGAAGCCACCUGCAGCUGCUACCAAGAGAAACGUGGGUGGCAAGCAAUCUCAGGUAUUAGGGCAGAAACUCAUAACUGAUAUGUUGGAUAGCACAGGGGUAUCACCAGAGAAGAAAGUGAGGAAGAUGAGGGCUUCUCCAUUUAACAAGAAAAGCAGUUCUGUGUUGGGAAGGGUUGCUGCUACUGCUGAGAAAGAUGAUAGUGUAAGUGAAGAAUUGUCUGGUUCUGCGGGUUCUAACUCAAAAUCUGAAGCUUCUCCAAGCACCACAGAUGAUGUUGUUGAGAUUGCAGCAGCACCAGCAAGAGCUAGACCCCAGAGGGCCAACCGUAGGAAAACGACAUAUGUGUUGAGUGACACUGAAAGUGAUAAUGAUUCUGAUGACAAUGAAGAAUUUUCUGAUUUUGAGGAAGAUGAUGACUAGGCCUCUGGGUGGUUUGUAGAAAGUAGAAACGUGAUCUGCGUCUUGCGGAUUUUAACUUCAAGUGAUGACUGUGAACUUAUUGAUGAUUUGCACUAAUUUGUAUGGUUUCGGAUAUUGUCUUCAUGAAUGAAAUAGAUUAUCAAUCAUGUACACAUUAAGAUGUGGUUUUACGCGUA